CACGUCGAUUCGAUUUAUCUCGCGGAGGGGAGGAUUUCAGAGAGAGAGGCGAUUAGUCAGCUAAUCUCAACCGGGUACCGGAAUUUAUUUCAUUUCCAUGGAGUGACGAUGUCGUCGGACGGAGAUGUUGAAUCGAAAAAGGAUACGGAGGGCAAAAAUAAGCACAAGAUCUACUGCACAUUUUGCCCGUCGAAAAUGCUCAAUGCCGGAGCUGCCAGGUUAAUAAGCAUGGACUUUGCGCUACCCUACAUCCACAGCCAAGCACAGGACAGGGACAGUCAGUCGGAGAUCAUUUCCGACUACUGGCUAGUGGAAGAUAUGUUCACCUUCGAGAAUAUCGGCGUGUCCCACACGGUGGGCAACUUCAAGUACCUGGCAUGCGCCGAUUGCGAGAGAGGCCCGGUGGGCUGGCACGACUUGUCCACCAAGAUGUCCUAUAUUGCGCUGCGUAGAGUGAAAUACGAAUGAAUGGGAUAAGCGCGCGUUGAUGAGAUAAUUUUCUAAUUUUAUACGUGUAUAAAUGUACGCGCGUACGCGGCGACACAAGUGUACAGAAAGAUGGCAUGCAGAUAAAUGAUAUUUAGGAAGCUAUGGAUAUGUGCUUUAUAUGUGUGUAUGUGUGUACAUAAAAGCGUCUCUAGGUUUUAUCCAAAUUUCUCCCUUUUUUUAACUUAAACGGUUAAGUUCAAUAUUUUGUUUUUUAAAAAGGCUUGUUAUGAAAAUAAGCCAAUGAUGUCAACGGUACUAUAUCGUUACGGUAAAAUUACGCUUGUCUCGUGUGCAACGUCGGAAAUCGUGCCGAUGCCACACAGGAACGACGACUCGGUGGUAAAGUAAAGGCGCGGCCCCUUGCCGUUUUUCUUUACUUGACAAUUUAAUAUUUAAUCACAAUAUGUUACAAACAGCUGAUGAAUCAGAUAAUUAAUCCUCGGUACAAUGUAACGAUUCAAUAAACUCCAUUUACAAUUAAAAAUCUGCUUACUUAAUGAAUGCAUUCGUGUGACUCAAUUAUGCCGUUACGGUAUCACUUGCUUCGUAUGCCGUUCGUAUGCCGAGUAUCACAAAUGGGUUAUACGCCGCAUACAAUUAAUAUAAUUAAUCAUACGUGAGGUGUUGUAUCCGCGCGAGUAAUACUUAUACGUGUACACUUCUCGAUGCGAUGCAUGUAUAUAAUAUGCGUUAAUACAUUUUCAAUACUUGUCAUAUACAUUAUCUGUUUUGCAAAGCCUGUUUGCGACUUGGGGGGGGGGGAGGGGGGAGAGCUCAGUUAACCAGUAUUUUAUUUAUUUACGUCCCUUUUUUUAUUUUAUCCUCCUUUAAUCUUAAAUAUUGCAAAAAUAGUCGCGCGUUCGUGCGAGUCAUACCGCGCCGAUAUUAAUAACAUCACAGCUUUAUCUCAUCUUAAAACGCGUACGUCACUAAAGCAAAACGCAUGGUUCUUUCAUACGACGAAAGAUGCGGACGUAUAUAAUGUAUUAUACAGUGUGUGCGCGCGCGCGCGCGGACCCACGCACGCAUACACGCACGUACGCGUUACACAGCGCUAAUUAAUGAGAGGACAAUCUUAAGUACGACAGUUUCGUCUAAACUGUUAUUUUGUAUCAUACGUAAUAGUAAGACUGAGCAGAACGAUAAAAACAUUAAUCGUAAGGGUUAUAGGUAUAAGAAUUACAUAAUAUAUAUGCUAUAUAAAGAAUUGUAAGAGGAAUUAUUGUAAAUGAAUAGAAUGUUUUGCAGAGACAUGAGGUUGUCUCUGAAUGUUCUUAUAAGUAAAUGAAUGAAGAAUAGCUAAUAAAUAAUCAGGUAUUUUCAACAA